AUGGAUUUUGAAUUGCUCCGAAUCCAAGCCGUGAAAAAAAACACGUUUUAUCGCGUGGAGUCCGCUUUCGAACAAUUUAAAGCACUACGUAGCGAAGUCCUCGAACAGUUGAAUCAAGAAGAAGACGUUAUCGCACAUUCCGUUCCACGAAAGAUGAUGUUCUCGGAACUCGAAAAGUCCGUCAAAGUGUGCGAAGACAUCAUUUCCACAAAGAAGGAGUUAAUCGCUCAGAUGGAGCGCGACGUCGAAUUCUUACACAAUGAAAUUAUUCGGACGCGCGAUUCUGUAUCGAGCCUUGCCGAGAAGCGAGAAGUUUUUCUUGGUGAAAUGAAGAUAAUAGAUCAAUCUUCUGUGCCGAAGCGGAGUGAUAGUGACGGUGAGUAUUCCCCGCGUGAGCAUCGGGUGUAUGAAAAAGUUGAUAAGAAGUACCCAUCGUAUCCUAAAGAGCGUGACGACGAAAUUAAGAAGUUCAAACCUUUAAAACCUCGGACUAAUGAAGAGAAUAAUUUACUUUUAACAAAGACCAUGGGCAAAGUAUUGAAGCGUGUUAAAAUGACAAAUCACAAGACGGUCUUUGACUCCGCUUUAGAUGGUAAAGAUCUACGAGACGUAUUACCAAAAAUUAAUGGGCGGAGCGGCGUCAUGAUUAUUGUCUUCCCGACUUUAUAUGAGCCUUUUGGAUGUUUUAUAGACAACGAAAUAAAAGGGUCACUUUGGUCGGGCGACAUCCAUUCGUUCGUCUGUUGCUUUGCGGAGGAACAGUUUUUCUGGGUAUACAAAUUUGUGACAGACAAGAAGGAAGACAGGGGAGUAUUCCGGUUUGGGGAAAGUAGUGAUGACUUCCUCUUUCAAAUUACACCAUUCAUUUCGGUGUCAAAGGACUUCAACGACUGCCGGGUUUCUGAUGAACUUAAGUAUUCCAUCGAAACCAGAAAAGGAAAUUUUUUGGGAAGCUCGUCGUCGACGCGAUUUACAACGUCGCGGUUUAUCGUUAUUCAGUUCAAUUGA